AUAUUGCAAAGAUUGAAGUAUUGUAAUAUAUAUUUUUUUAAACAGGUUAUAAUGUAUAACAGACUAUCAGUUCAGAAUGGAAGAUACUAGUGAUUGGGAAUUGAGCAAAGAAAACAUUCAGCCUAUCCGUCAAGGCCGAGAGUUGGGUUCUAUGAUAGCUGGACUUGAUCAUAAUGCUCAGCAUCAACUAAACAGGCAAAGGAAUGCAUUUGAGACGGAACUGCGUUCAUACACUGGUCCUGAUCCUUUGGAUGUGUGGCAUCGUUAUGCACUCUGGGUGGAGCAAAACUAUCCCACUGGUGGAAAGGCUAGCAAGCUGAUGCCACUGCUGGAGAAAUGUUUCAGCGACAUCAAUGCCAGUCCUGAGCUCAUAAAGCAGUAUCAGAACGACACUCGUUUCUUGCAAUUAUGGCUUAAAUAUGCAAGCAUGUACAAGGAUCCAAUAGAAGUUCUCAAUGUGUUAGAGAAGAAAGGCUUAUGCACAGAACUUUCAGGGUUCUACGAAAGAUAUGCCUUUGAAAUGGAGGCCAGUGGUAACAUGAAGAAAGCUGAUCUCAUCUACAAGACUGGCCUGGAGAGAGCUAAAGACUCCACACUCAAACUUGCUGAAGCUCACAAGGAUUUUCAAACUCGCAUAUUUCUUGCCUCAAUGAACAAGAAAGAUGAUGAUGAUGAUUAUGAUGAAGAGGGUCCUCAGAGAAUAGCUUUAUCAUCACUGAAAUUAGCCAAGAACAAAGCUCCAGUGGAGCGUGUUGAUGGAGCAGUUAUCGGAGGAGCCGGCAAAGUGAUGUUGUCUGGCAGCAUCGGGCCAACUGGCAAUGUCCUAUCUUCCGCCUCUUCCACCAAACACAAUAUAUAUGAGGACAAUCCUGCAACAGAAAUGGAUAAAGAAACAAACUCUUCUGCAACUCAAGGCAGUGAGGCUACAAAGCUUCCCUCCGUGUCACAAUAUGGCAAAGAAAACCAGCAGGCAGCGGGCAAGUGGAGCAAGAAGACUGUGGCGGCAGCGCCUGUCAAUAUUCCCAUUGACCAGAUCAGCAAAUACUCCAAAACUCCUGUGACUAUUUACCACGACGAGGACGUGCAGCAGCGGCCGCGUCACUUCAUUCCACCCUGUAACAACGUACUCAAGGAGUGGAAGAAUCCUGCAAGUGAUGCCCAGAAAGACGUGAUCCAGCCUUUCAUUCCUGAACCUUUUGAUCCUUUAGUCCGGCCCUACUACGACAGACAAAAGCUUUAUCAAGGCACUGAAGAAUUUCAAUUUGAAGAACUCCGGGCUAUAGAUUAUUUUAAAAAAGAGAAAUUGGCAAGAGAAGAGGAGGAGAAGAAGAAACAACACGAGUUGCUGCUGCUUCAGGUCGAGAACAGCAAUGCUGCAAUGCUCUCAAUGCAAGACAUGCUGAGCAAGCAACAGAAGAUGAUUGAAUUACUGACCAGUCAGCAGCAUUUGGCAGCAGUUGCUCCUGCAGCGGCAGUGGUGACCCCUCAUCAUGCAACGAUUGCUGCUCAACAGACAGCAGUGGAUCAACAGUCUAACAUCCAACAAUUCCAGGGUGUAGCUCAGCAAGCAACGCUAACAUCUCAACAAACAACAGCAGUGGAUCAACAUUCUAACAUCCAACAAUUUCAGGGUGUAACUCAGCAAGCAAUGCUAACCUCUCUACAAACAACAGGAGCCAAUCAACAGUCUGGCACCCAACAAUUUCAGGGUGUAACUCAGCAAGCAACGCUAGCCUCACAACAGACAACAGGAGCCAAUCAACAAAAUCAACAAUCUAAUAUCCAACAAUUUCAGGGUGUAACUCAGCAAGCAACGCUAGCCUCUCUUCAAAUAACAGGAGCCAAUCAACAGUCUGGCACCCAACAAGAUGAGGGAGUUACUCAGAAAGAUCCACCUUCUCACCAACCAGCCGCUAAUUUUGACAUUAGCAGUUUGAAAGCCGGACCUGCCCAAAAGCCAAAGGCUUGUUUGUUUGAAGAUAGUUGGAUAGCCAUAAACAAAACGGCAAACAACACUUCGGUCUUUGAAGGCGCUGCAGAUCUCUCUAUUCUGCCGCAUCAGACUCCGGGUCGCAGCUUGCAACCCCACCUUAACCUGGCCCCUCAGCUGCACUCGACGCAGCUGCCGCCUUCUGCUGGAUCCCUGUUACCCGACAUCAACUUCACUGGGCUCCAGGAUAUUUCAGAGCUUUCGCUAAUGGAACCUCCAUGUUCUCCAGCCCGUGCCCUGGUAAUACCACUCAUCACUCUCACUCGGCCCACCCCUGAAAAUAACGUAUCAUACCUUGUUGACAUAGAUCGUUGGGACUCAGAAGCAUCGCCAUCUCUAAGCUUUGGAAAUAACGAUGAUUAUUUCCUAGUAUCCACAGAGCCAUUUGCACACAAGUCUCUUGGUCCCAAAGUUGUUGCAUCUGAUGGCCUCCAAAAGCCUGACCCUGGCCAACAAACCAUGAUCUCCUCGCCAACUGUGAACACUAAGGAGGCACAGCGUCUCAUGCGGGAGAUCUGGUCCAAGAGCUUGAAUAAAACUAACCUUGGACUGGGCAUGGAAGAUGUGCUGGGCGACAGCAUGUUGCUGCCUGCGCCUCUGCCUACAGAUGAUCUGGUCCCUGCAACUGAAAAACCCGCCGUGUUUUCAGUGUAUUGUGACGCCCCAUCUGGUGAAGAGUCCAAGAAGGGACUUAAGAAAUCAACAUCUCGUUCUUCGGGGCUCUCUGUUAGGCCUGUCGGUCUUUCGGAACGCCCUUCCCCCGGCCUCGCUGAACGCCCUUCCACCGGCCUCGCUGAACGCCCUUCCCCCGGCCUCGCUGAACGGCAUUCCCCCGGCCUUACUGAACGCCCUUCCACCGGCCUUACUGAACGCCCUUCCACCGGCCUCGCUGAACGCCCUUCCACCGGCCUCGCUGAACGCCCUACCACCGGCCUCGCUGAACGCCCUUCCACCGGCCUUGCUGAACGCCCUUCCACCGGCCUUGCCGAACGCCCUACCGCCGGCCUCGCUGAACGGCCUUCCACCGGCCUUGCCGAACGCCCUACCACCGGCCUUACUGAACGGCCUUCCCCCGGCCUUACUGAACGCCCUACCACCGGCCUCGCUGAACGCCCUUCCACUGCUGCUGGUCUCUCAGUACGACCGAAGGACUCGGCAAUUUUAUUUGAAACGCGCUACUCUGAAACUCCCACUCCUGUCACGGCACCUCAGGACGAGAACGAACCUCCGGCUGGUUAUUUCCAGAUACCGCGGAAGCUCCCAAGGGUCGGCGUGCUACUGCCGAUGCCACAGCUCUUCCCUCAGGAACAGCUGGCAUACACCGAUGAUCAGUGUAUGGACAUAGACGACAUGGAGAUUCCUAUGCCAAGCCAGUCCGACUUCAGUGAUUUCCCGGAGCUGACCAUGAAACUUCCAUCGAACAAAGCUGAUUUUGCUGACAUCACCCACGUUGCGUCCACGCCUGCGGCUUGGUGUUCACGCAACGUUCCACAAGUCUCGGUUGAAGGCGACGAUUUCACCAUGGCUUUCAUGCCCGGAUAUAAACGAUCAUUCCGACCUCUUCCUGUCGUGGCCAAGAAGCCUGAGGUGGCCGACACUUGUACUACCGGCGCUGUCACUUCCUGUGCUGCGGACGCCACGUCCACGGAUUCCAAUGCCAGUUCUUCGUACGCCUCGGCUGAGGUUAUGGCACGAGGGCAGCCUGUUGCACCACAGCUCAGCGUCAUCAUAGAGGGCUCGGAUCACAGUGUUAAGAGCACUACUGGCUGCAGUACUUUGACGACGACCAAGCCCUUCUUGUACGCAGGAGACGGAACGUUGUGCCGCUCAACUGAUCACAGUAAGAGCACACAGAUGAUGGACCACAUCUCGUUUGCCAAGAAUUCCGGAACAUGUGCUAAAAUCAGGUCCAUUAGUUACGCUGACGCCAUUCCUGCUAUUGGAAGCUCCCAGACUUGUGCCUUGAGGUCUGACCAAACCGAUGCCUUGAGGUCUCACCCACCCGGCGCCAUGACAGAUGACCUACCCGGCGCCAUGACAGCUGACCUACCCGGCGCCAUGACAGCUGACCUACCCGGCGCCAUGACAGCUGACCCACCCGGCGCCAUGACAGUUGACCCACCCGCCGCUUCGACUGGGGAAAGGUUGCUGGACACUGAGAAGCGUCGUGGCUCUGCUGAUUCCCAAGCGUGCCAAAAUCAGACUUCUUUUGACCCCGACAAGCUGAGCGAAAUGCUGCUGAACAUGUCCGGCAAUGAACCUUUCUUCGCUGUUACCGCCACUACAGGCCGAGAUGACAACAAAGAUCUGAAGCGUCAACCAUCCAAAGCUGAUGACCAGAAUCUGGCCGUAUACACUGCAAGCUCUACUGAAACAUCAAUGCCUGUUCCACAGCGAACGACUGAGAACCCCGACGAUAUCGACCCAUUCAAUGAAGAUUUAAUAUUAAAUCUGCUACAAAAUCUCAAAGUCCCGCUACAUGAUAGGCCCGGUUUCAUCGGCUUUGAUAUCAAAAUGCCCCUGGUGAAACCUCAGACAAACGUAACUUUAGGCACUGAACACUUCCACGUACGGCGUAUCAAAGGCCAGGGGGCAUACGCUAAAGUCUACCAGGCCUCGACUGUUGAUGCGAUGAAUGUCACUCUCUUGCCUGAUCAGAUUCCUGAAGAAGAGGAUGACAAAAAACAAAUGAUACUAAAGGUUCAACGCCCAGCUUUCCCUUGGGAGUUCUACAUCUGCCACGAGCUGAGACAACGCCUUCGUCAGGCCGGCCGGCCUGCCAACAUACUGGAGUCCGUGAUGCGUGCGAACCGUGGCUACUUCUUCAACAAUGGCUCCAUCCUCGUCACUCAGUACCACAAACACGGCAGUCUACUCGACCUCGUCAACGCGUACAAGAAGAAAGGCCAGACUAUGUCAGAACACGUAACAAUCUGCUUCAUGAUUGAAGUGCUGAUGAUUCUAGAAAGUGUGCACUCUGCUGGAAUCGUCCACGCCGAUAUCAAGCCGGAUAAUUUCCUCGUCAAAGGCGUUCCCGUCAUUAACGCCUCGGCAGCAUCUGCUGAUGAAAUGUUCUCUGAGUGUCCAAGCUCUCUCAAGCUCAUCGAUUUUGGCCGCAGCAUCGACAUGACGCUGCUGCCCAAAGGCACGACGUUCAAACGAAAAUUUUCUCAUGGUUUCUCUCACAGGUACUGGCAACAAGACGCUUGGCACAAGUUCUUCGACACGCUCCUCAACGUGCCGUCCUGCUCUCAGCUGCCCGAUCUAGCUGAUCUACGACGCACCUUGCAAGACGCUCUUUUCAACAUCAAGACGCAGGAAUUACCGUAUCACCUGACGCAACUUCGCAGCAUCUUGGCCGAGAUGUCCUGAAAACAACACGUGGAUGUUCACAAAAGACUGUGGUUUACGGCUGAUACGCCAACAUAUGGUUUUAUUGUCUGGCUUGCCUGCUUGUAGACCAAGAUCUCGAGGAAUCUUAGUUUAGGAUUUUUUAGUUUCUGAAUAAAAGUAGAGAUUAGGUCCUGAAUGAAAAACGAUAAUUGUGAGCAUUAGAUAGUUGUAAUAACUGCCUGCUAAUUGGUGGUACAUUUCGAAGAAGCUAUAUUACUUCCUUUCGAGUAAAUUAUGUGAUCUUUACAUUUCUACCUUCUUUGCUUUUCUUCUUAGAAUGAGAAACGUUUUCUUAGGCUGUACAUUUAUUGACUGGACGUCAUCUUUAUUAUUUUCAUUAGUCUCAGGUUUUAACAUAAGCCUUAGGUAUUAUCAGGUAAUAUUAGCAAUGUAUUUUAGUAGCUUUGUUUACUUUUAAUUUAGUGUUUCACUCUUGUAACUUCUUCAUUCAUGUUUUAGUUCAAAGUAAACGUCCGCUUGACUUCUCUUGCUUUGUGCUUCACAGUUCCAAAUGAUUUCCCUACAGUCUAGAAGAUAAUUUUGUGCUGUCGCUUCAUAUUUAAGAAUAUAAAUACAAAGCCUU